AUGAGUAAGACUAUUAGAUCUAAAAAUAUUGCACCUAGUAUUGAGUUCUGCAAUGAAAUUGUCAAUAAUUAAAAACUUCUUAAAGCUAAACAAAAAACUCUCUCAAAAUUAAAAGCAGAGUUAGGAAAUAUGAAUAUGAUUAUGCCCAUGACAAAUUAAAAAAUUGUACAAAGAAAAAUUGAAAGUAAUGCAUUCAUACAUUUAUUCUCCUUAGAUCUAAAAACUCAAUUAGAAAAAUAAUCAGAAAAUAAAUUAGGUCAAACCAAAUAUCCAAAUCUAACGAAUUAAAAUUUCUAAAAAUAAUCUCCCUUAGUAAGAUUAGAAAAUCUACAAUAAAUAAGAAUAAAAAGUGCAAAUAGAACAACUUAUGAAGGGGAUGCUAUAAACGUUAAACAUCUUUAAAAUUCUAAAUAUUGA